AGCCCAUGACAAGUAGAUGAAACGAGACACUUGCACAGAAGUAAAAAAAUUCUCUUGUUUGCUCGACGAAUCGAAAUCGCCAUGAGUGAAGAAGGUCCCAAGCUUUACACCAAUAAACCCAAGAAGAAGGACAUUAUUGCUCAGCUGAAGCACGUCGAGGCUAAUUUCAAGAAUCCCACCGGACCUCCAUCAUCAGCACCGUCUCCGGCUGCAGCUGCGGCGGCUUCGUAUACGAUGGGUGGUUCUGUUCCUCCUCCUCCUCCGCCUCCUAAGGAAUCGUUCGCUCGAAGGUAUAAAUUUGUCUGGCCGCUUCUCCUCACCGUCAAUCUCGCCGUCGGAGGAUACCUUUUCUUUAGGACUAAGAAAAAGGACAUAGAUCCUGAAAAUGAAGAGAUAGCUGCUAAAUCAGGUUCAGUCGCAGCGGCUCCUGUUAGCAUUGAAAAGCCUGUGUCUUCCACAGUGGUUGCAGAGCCAGUGGUGGUCAAGGCACGUGAGCCAAUACCGGAGAAGCAGCAACGUGAGCUCUUCAAAUGGAUGUUGGAUGAGAAAAGGAAAGUCAUCCCGAAAAACGCAGAAGAGAAGAAGCGGAAUGAUGAAGAAAAAGCGAUUCUGAAACAAUUCAUAGGAUCCAAAACCAUUCCUACUCUCUGAUUAAAAAGUUCAGCUACUGUUGAUUUGGUUUCAGUUCUUAUUCUUGUGGAUAUCAAAUGUUUUGCUUUUGGAAAGAAAAAAAAUUAGUCUUGAUGUUGAAACCAGUAACUUUGGAAUCUUAGUUUCAUUCAUCCU